AUGGGUUGCACACAAUAAAGACCAAUGUCCUUCAACGUGGAUCAUGAGUACAGAAAUGCCAAAUUGCCAGUACCAGAAUCCACUGAGUAUGAGAAUGAUUUUGAGAAGGAGGCCUACAUGAUGAUCAACUUGAUUAGACACGAUCCAAAGAAAUUUGUCACAAGCGUCAGAGAAAUGAAGAGCAACAAGCUAUACAAGGGCAAAAACUGGUAGAAGUUAAUAGAUGAAAUGGGAAACAUCACCUCUCCACUACCAAAUCUUGCAUUAGAUCAAGAAGCCUGCAAGGCCUGUCGCUAAAAUAAUAGUGAUUAGUUAAAGGAUGAGACUAAGGAACCCCCUCAAGGAGGCAACUUGGAAAAAUACAAGAUUAUUCUUGGGGAGUAAUCGAAAGUACCAGCAGCUGAAGAGCACACUUAUUCAGCCUGGACUGGAACAGCUCACGAGCUAAUUCUACUUAACCUGCUUUAAGAAUUUGAGAAGGCUGGUAAACCAGCCCUCCUUGAUCCCCAGACUACCAAGGUUGGCUUAGCCUUUGCUGCUCACAAGAAGACCCAAAACAUCUUCUAAUUAUUGUAUGUGAAAUCCAGCAGCAAUGCCAUCGAAUGA